AUUAUUGUGUCCCAGUAAAUGCAAUUCAGGAAAAUGUUCAGAGGAGGUUUAAACCCUGAUGAUGCCUGUGCCCGAAUCCCACCCUCUGCUUCAUCUAUUUAAGAUCUCUGCUUCAGCGCCUCAAGUCAGAUUUGGAUUUUUCCCAUCUGAUACUCCUGAGAAGAGCUUAAACCCUUGCAGACGUCCAGCGGUCACUGCAGCAGCUUGAGCAGGGGCAGAAGAUGACUGACAAUGCUGUCUUUGAGCAUGAUCAAAUCACUGAAGAGACGGGCAGAAAUGGGAUGUCUUUGUCAAAGGUCAUCGCCAUGGAGCCCAUGAAAAAGCAACAUGGAGCCACUGUCAGCUUCCACAGCAUCCGUUAUAGAGUAGAUCAGAAGAGCGGACCCAUCUGUAAGAGGACAACAGUCCAGAAAGAGAUUCUGGUGGACCUCAAUGGGAUCAUGAGACCUGGUUUAAAUGCUAUUUUGGGUCCUACGGGAAGUGGCAAAUCUUCGUUUUUGGAUGUACUUGCAGCCAGGAAGGAUCCUGCAGGUCUUUCUGGAGAAGUGCUCAUCAAUGGAGCCCUACAGCCGCCUAAUUUCAAAUGUCUUUCCGGUUAUGUUGUCCAGGAUGACAUUGUGAUGGGCACUCUAACGGUGAGAGAGAACCUCCGUUUCUCGGCUGCGCUGCGUUUGUCCUCCCAAGUCAGUCCAAGGGAGAAGGAGGCAAGAGUCAACCACCUCAUCUCAGAGCUGGGCCUCAACAAAGUCGCAGAUGCAAAGGUGGGCACGCAGCUUAUUCGCGGUAUCUCCGGUGGGGAGAGGAAGAGGACCAGCAUUGGGAUGGAGCUAAUCAUAGACCCCUCUGUGCUCUUUUUAGACGAGCCCACCACCGGUUUGGAUGCUAGUACAGCUCAUUCUGUGCUUCUGCUGCUGAAGAGAAUGGCCGGUCAGGGACGCACCAUCAUCAUGUCCAUUCAUCAGCCGCGGUACUCCAUCUACCGGCUCUUCAACAGCCUCACCCUGCUGGCCAACGGCAAACAAGUCUAUCACGGACCAGCUCAAGACGCUCUAGACUACUUUGCCAACACUGGAUAUGCUUGCGAAUCUCAUAAUAACCCAGCUGAUUUCUUCUUGGACGUCAUUAAUGGCAGCGCCGCAGCUGUUAACAUGACAAAGAUUCAGAAUAAUGGAGAUUUUGAGUUUGAAGUGGCUGCCGUCAGCCAGCAGUGUAUUGAGGAUCAGCUGGUGGACAAGUACAAUAACUGCAGUUAUGCACGGGUCAUCAAAGCCGAGCUGGAGCGCAUCAUCCGAACCAAAGACAACAAUAUCAGAGCCAAAUGUCACACCAUCACCUACAACAGCUCUUUCUUCCACCAGCUCCACUGGGUGUUAUGGAGAACCUUCUGGAAUCUAAUGCUGAACCCACAGACUUCAGUAGCACAGUUGGCCGUCACGACGCUCAUGGCUGCUAUUGUUGGUGCCAUCUUCUAUGGAGUCAAAGAUGACCAGAGUGGCAUACAAAACAGGUUUGGUGUUUUGUUCUUCAUCACAACGAAUCAGUGUUUCAGCACACUCUCCGCUGCCGAGCUCUUCAUCACGGAGCGCAAACUGUUCAUUCAUGAGUACACAAGUGGAUACUACAGAGUGUCUGUCUACUUCCUGUCCAAGAUCCUGUCUGACAUCAUCACUCAGCGCACAAUCCCUACCAUACUCUUCACCUGUGUUAUUUACUUCAUGAUUGGGCUAAAACCCACAGCGGCAGCGUUCUUCAUCUUCAUGCUGACAGUGAUUCUGGUGGCUUGUACGGCCGCAGCCAUGGCCAUGGCCAUCUCAGCUGACCAGUCAGUGGUGGCAGUGGCCAACAUCUUCAUGACCAUCAGCUUCAUCUUCAUGAUGAUCUUCUCUGGUCUGCUGGUUAACCUGAAGAGCAUCAUGGACUGGCUGUCCUGGUUGAAGUAUCUCAGCAUCCCUCGCUAUGGGCUUGAGGCAUUGGAGAUAAAUGAGUUUGUGGGGCUGAAUUUUUGUGGAAAUGUCUCUGCUGUGAUGAGCGGCUCAGCCACAGACAUCCUCAUGUGCACAGGAGAACAGCAUCUGACGUUCCAAGGAAUCGAUUACUCAUCCUGGGGUUUAUGGCAGAACCACGUAGCACUUACAGUCAUGACUUUGAUCUUUCUCAUCAUCGCUUAUAUCAAGCUCAGAUUCAUUCAUACUUUCUCAUAAAUGUUCUGAUUUGUGUUAAAUGUUAGCUUUAUGAAUCACCACACAGAUUAGCACACACAAUUCUGGUAUCAUAUAAUAUCAUUUUAUCCUUCUUUACAGUAAAGAUGAAGGUAGAUGUGAUUCUUUCAAUACUGAUUUCAUGCCAAGUUCAAGACUGUAAAGGUCAUCAGGGUUUUAUAGUCAACAUGUGAUCAAAACUGGCCCUAUUUACUUUCCAAAUACACAUGACUGGUCUUACUAUGAACAAUUAUAAUAUACAUUAUUUUUCCAGUCUGAUCAACGUGUCACUGUGUUUUCUUUCUUUCUUACUUUUGGAACAAACAUAUCACAUUAAGGGCCGUUCACACCAAGAACGAUAACUGUAUUAGCAUCCACACCAAUGCUUGAUAUCAUUCUGUUUAUUAUAAGCAUGCACUUCAGUUUUGUCACCUGCCACUUUAAAUGCUCAAGCUCUUUAAAGGAUUAGUUCACUUUAGAGUUAAAAUUUCCUGAUAAUUUACUCACCCCCAAGAUGUUUGUCUUUCUUUCUUCAGUCGAAAAGAAAUUAAGGUUUUUGAGAAAAACAAUCCAGGAUUUUUCUCCAUAUAGUGGACUUCACCAGGGCACAACGGGUUGAAGGUCCAAACUGCAGUUUCAGUGCAGCUUCAAAGGACCCUACAUGACCCCAGAUGAGGAAUAAGGGUCUUGUCUAGCGAAACGAUCGGUCAUUUUCAAAAAAAAAAAAAAAAUUAUAUACUUUUUAACCACAAAUGCUCAUCUUGCACUGCUCUGCGACGCGCCACGCAUUACGUAAUUACGUUGGAAAGGUCACGUGUGAUGUAGGCGGAAGUACCGCGGUAGGGCGAAAAAAUCAUUUUCAUCUCCAACUUCAAAAUCGUCCGACAUCGUUUUUUUUGUAAAGGCCGUUUGACUUCUUUGCACAUUUGCUUUGUACACACUUUCUCGGUACUUCUUCCUACGUCACACGUGACCUUUCCAACGUGUUUACGUAAUACGUGGCGCAUCACAGAGCUAGUGCAAGACGAGCAUUUGUGGUUAAAAAGUAUAUAAUUUUUGCAAUUUGGACCUUCAGCCUGUUGGUAGCUGUAAGUCCACUAUAUGGAGAAAAACCUUCAUUUCUUUUCGACUGAAGAAAGAAAGACAUAAACAUCUUGGAUGACAUGGGGGUGAGUAAAUUAUCAGGACAUUUUAAUUCUGAAGUGAACUAAUCCUUUAAAUCAGGAUGGAUUCUGAUUGGCUGUGAAUGUUUUUAAUCGUUCAUCAGCUGAAAAAAACAUGAUUCCAACGAUAUUGUUUCUCCCUGCCGUUAUCGUUAUAGCUGUGGUGUAGAGCUGCACGAUUAAUCGUAAAAAGAUCGCGAUCUCGAUUCAAGCACCCACGCGAUCCUACUUUAUUAAUGGCAACGCGUCUUUUAAACCUUUGACAAAAUCAUACUGAAACAUUCAAAUCUGUGUUCGUGCAGCCAGAGCGAGAGCAGUUUUGAACCACACAUUAGUUAUUUCUGUGUUACAAAUAUUCAAAUUAUCACAUAAGUACUGAGAUAUAAGUUUUAACUUGGUACAUAAACACUAAUGUCUACGAUAGCGACCAAAACAGAGCAAACUACGUUUUGAAACGAACUUGGCACGUCAAAUAACGGUUGUAUCAAUUACAUCUUAUUCCACUAGGUGGCGACAAGUGACUGUUUGUCAUUGAAUCAUUCAUUCAAAAGAUUCGUUCAAAAACACUGAUUCAUCCAGUAAUGAAACAAGUAUUUAUUAAUGAGUCAUUGAAUUCAUUCAAAACCAUUUUUUAAAUAAUUCAUUCAAACAUUUUCCAGCAAUUAGAGUCAGCAAUUUAUAUUUUGUCAGAACCUUUAGUAAAUUGUAGUAAUUGUAGAUGUUAUUUUGUUUGGUUGUAUAUUCAGAAUCAUGGGAGAAUCGUGAUCUCUAUUAGAAACCAAAAAAUCAUGAUUCUCAUUUUAUCCAGAAUCGUGCAGCUCUACUGUGGAGUGAACUCUGCUAUUCUUCUGUAUUUAAGGUGAUUUUUUAGAGCCAUAUCAUCAGUUAUUGUCAUUGGUGUGAACGGGCCUUUAGAGAAGUAAAAUUGGCUGUGAAUGUUUCAUGUUGACUUGUUAGUAUAAUACUAUCUAUAAGUAUAUCUUAACAUUGUAGUUAAAAUUAGCAUAGGUAUAGUAUAUAAUCUUUUAUGAAGCUUUAUUAAGUUUAUUGAAAUGAUUCACUGUAAUCAACUUAAAUGUAAAUAUUUUGUCAUCUCCCUUUCAUUGUUUUUCCCCCACAAAUGUAAGUGUAUUACACAAAUUACAAGUCAGUUGAUGUGGCGUACAUUUCCUUUGUAACAUUGGGGUUCAAAUUAUUCAUUAUUCAAACAGGACCAGGGGUUGUGCACAGGCCUGGUACGGCUCGCUCCUUCAUAAUCCAUGUAAAUGGUCUUAAAGUGGUCUAAUCCACACCCCACAGGCAGCAGACAUCAGUGAGAUUACUGAAGCGCAGUGUUUGCUGCACUAAAACCACAGACGAAAGCUAACAAGGUUGAUAACUACACAAUAUCCCUUUAUUGUACAGUCGCUCUGUUCGAGGGCAUUAUGACUGGGAUCAAGCUACACGUGUUUUGUGACCAAAUAAUGAGCACAUGAUGAGUUUCAAUGGAUUUUAUUUCUAACGACUGUCGUAUUAAACUGUAAAUAAUGUAUAAACAGUACCAUAAAGAGUUACAGAGGUCAUUGCACAAAUUGAAAAAUGUAAAAAAAAAAAAAAAAAAAAAAAGAAAGAAAA